CUCAAGAUCAAGAAGACAUAGGCCUCUUUUCCAUUACACGGUUUCUCGCCGUGAAAAUCUACGGUUAAUUCGCCGCGUGUAGGCACGGUCGUCAGUGUGGUAUGGAUCACUAUAUGAGCUUGUCGACAUGCACGGUGGCGCCAAGGCACGGCGCCGCGGCCGCGUGCGCCGUGACUGCCCCUCGGCGCGCCGCGUCUACGCACGGCGUGAUUUUCACCAGUGUUGUAUGGCAGUCUAUCGGGGUGUGUCGACGGUGCCGGACGUACGCACGGAUUCGUGACCGCUUAUAUACGCUGUUUCGCGAUUUUAUUAUAAAAUGAACAUAAAUCAAGAAUUAUUAAUUACGUUGAUUCAAGAAAGGCCUGUAAUAUGGGAUAAGACCAUCGACGAUUAUAAAAAUAAGCGGCUUAAAUAUGAUUCCUGGAAAGAAAUAUUUAUUCAUUUCCAGCCCACAUUUGAAGAUUUAAGUGGUGAUGAGAAAAACAAGUUUGGGCAAAUGGUGAUGAAGAAGUGGACCAAUAUGAAAGAUAGCUGGAUAAAAUAUGACAAAAAAAUUAAAGAAUCCUCAGUAAUGAAAAUUUUGAUAGUGCAGUCCCGAAUCAAUCAAGCUCGGGAUACACUGAACGGAGUGAGACGCAAAGGGCUAAAAAAAAAAGAAAAAAUGAACUAAGUGAAGUUGACAUUAGGUUUAUGAAGUUUAUGG